AUGCCGAAGCCAAGAGGUUUCAUUAUGCGCUAUGGCGCAAUUCUAGGAAUUGUCGUGCUUUCGCUUAGUGGCAUGACAUCGGCCUUGGGAUGGCGCAGCCCGCAACAGAAAUACGUUGACAAGCCUCUUGAAGAAGCGUCGCGGUCUCCUCCUCCCUCACCUUAUGCAAGCGGUGCAAACCCUAGUAUUUUUGCAGCGGCACUGAGUGAGUUGCAAGAAUUGGAGUCAGAGCCCUUCUGUCACAGAAUUGCAGCUCGACUGUUGGUAAAUAACUGCCAACUGCUGGAUGGCCGGAAUGAUGCAACGGUGAUGACCAACACCGGCAGAGCGGCAAGAGACUUUGUAGAUUUCUUUGCUGCCAGUCUAGCAAUUUGCGACUUGGAGAGAGCCAAUUUUGCGAUACCGUCAACGUGCCAUAAAUUUCGGGAGCCUGUGUUGGCAAAUCUCCCGGCACCUUCCAAACCAGAGCUUCAUGUAAUAACUCGCGAGAUCGAUGACUGUCUCGAGGGCUUGGCGCGAUCCGACUCGGCUUGGAGCACAUGGGUGAGCUAUCGCCACAAAGCACUCGGAUUCUGUGAAGCCGCUCGAGCAGACGGCGAGAAAGAUCAUCAUAUUUUUCUUCAUCGAAAACUUGCAAAUAUUCUCGAGAGACUUACAACUGAUGCCGAAGUCCAAGUACAGAAUCGACUAAACGAACUCGAUCGAAUGUUCCGAGAGUCCAGCGACAACGCGAAGACUUUGACAGCCCACGUGGCGGGACUUAACGCGAGCUUGCUGUAUUUUGAACAAGUCAUUACCCAUUCUAUCUUAUCCAAAUCCAAAGAAACUGAAAUGGUGGUGCAGAAAGGCUUGAACGAGGCCAGGUCUCUUCAGCAAUUGAUGGAAGAAGUACUCGGCAUGAUGAGCUUGAGAGAAGAGAAUCAUGCCCGCACACUCGAGACUGCUCUGGAAGUGGCUGUAACGCAGAUUAACCGAGAUGCUCAUGAGGUCAUGAAGAUGUUGACGGCCGUCGCAAUGUCAUCACUCAGCUUGCAAGAACAACUAGUGAGUGCGACUAUUCUAGCUGAGAAAACAUUCUAA